CAAAGUGAAAAGGUUUAUGAUUUGGUUCUGUUGUUCAGAUGUAGAAAACGAGUGUUUUUCAAAAUUUUAGUUACGUUUUAUUACAGCUUUUGAUUCUUUGGUACUUUACUGAUCAAAAGAAAGAGAACGAAUGAAAUAAUCUAGUGAAUUUUGCUACAAACGACUAUCAUUAUGCCAACUAAGGCAGAAUUUGAUGAUCUCGCAAGUAAUAUGGCAGAUUUGCGCUUGUGCCUGCAAGAGCCUUGCCAUAGUUGGACAGAUGAUUUACCUUAUUGUCCAUUAUCUGGAGUUGGGUUUGCUACAAAUCAAAAGUACAGAGUUGAUGGUUUUAGAAGAGAAGAACAUGCAUUUGAAGAUAAAAGCUUUCACUUCCGAUAUGAUGAAGAUACAUAUUUUUAUGGUGUUUUUGAUGGACAUGUUGGUACUAGAGCUGCUGAUUUUGCUGCCCAGAGAAUGCCUGCUGAAAUUCUUUUGGGUCAACUAAAAGGCAAAGAGAAUGACUAUGAUGUGAGAGAAGUAUUGCAUCAAGCAUUUCUAGCUGUUGAGAAGAGUUUCUUUGAAUCUAUAGAUGAUCUUCUAGCCGAAAAGGAAAAGCUACGUCUACAGUUACAGGGCUUACGAACCAUUGAAGCUAUUAGUCAGUUUCCUGAUGUAGUUCAGAGGCUUAAAUUGGUUACAGAAGAAAUUCAGAGUGGAACUACUGCAGUUGUAGCUCUCAUUUUAAAAAAUAAAUUGUAUAUUGCUAAUGUAGGUGAUUGUAGAGCUGUUCUUUGUAAAGAAGACAAAGAUGGAAAAACAUGUAUAUGUCAGCUAAGCUCUGAUCAUACAUUUACCAAUGAAGAUGAACUCUUAAGAAUGUCACACAUAGGUGUAGAUAUCUCCAAACUUAAACAGGAAUCAAAAGUUGGACUUCUGAAUCAUACACGUUGCAUAGGGAAUUACACAGUGAAAGGAGGAUAUAAGGAAUUUGAUAAUUUUAGUGAAGCAGAAGAGGAACCUAUUAUUGCUGAGCCUAACAUAGUUGGGGGGAUAAAAAUAGAUGAAAAAUGCAAGUUUCUUUUGCUCAUGUCAGAUGGUUUAUACAGAUCCUUAGAGGAAGCAACUGGAGCUGUAAAUGCAAAUGCUGUUCUAGUCAAUAUAUUACUCGAGCAAUUUGCUGAGCAGUCAACAUUAAAUGGUGUAGCUCAAGCAGUAGUUGACAAAGUUGUGCGUAUUCAUCAUGAUGCAUUUAUGCAAGACACACGAACUCCAAAACGGUGUCAAAAUCGUGAUGAUAUUACUUUAUUAGUGCGGAAUUUCAACUAUCCACUUCGAAAUGCCCAUACAAGCUCUCCAAGUAUUUCUAAUCAAAUACCAGUUGUAAAUGAACAGAAGAAGCAGAAUAUUUCUGAAAAUAAUACAUUGUCUGAUGUGCGAUCACUAGAGAGUUCAUAUGUAAAAAGUUCCCAUGAAAGUGAAACUCAAUCUAUAUUUAUGAAUGAUGGUACAUCUUUAACUACCAGUUCAGAGUCAGGCCCACAACUUUUAUUUCAAUCUGCAAAUAAUAUAUCUUUAGAUGAAGAUGGUAGAGUCAAGCCAUAUGUUGAUUUUUCUGAUUUUUUUGCAGCUGUUGAGGAAGCAUAUAAAGCUGGACUAGUUCCAGAAGAUUGGUUAAGGCCAAAUUCUUGAUUAUAUGUAUAUAUUCAACAUUGCUUUUUCCCUUUGAUAGGGUUUAUCUAAUGUGUAAAUAUUUUUAUUGGAUAUUGUUUAUUAAGAGAAAAUAUUUGAAAAACAAAAAUGGCUUCUUUUGUGAGCAUUUUACCUAUGGAAAUUACCUUUAUCUUUUAUAUAAUCAGUAACAUUUUACAGACAUGAGUACCACAUUAAUAGAAAUUUUUCAUUGAUCAUAUACUGAUAAAGUGAACUUAGCAUUCAAUAAAUGAACCCUUUUUCUUUUCAGCUCUGUACAAUAUUCAGAAAUAUAUUUGCUUAAUUUCUCGUUAGGUUUAUUUCAGUACAAAAGCAUAUUUUAAACAAUGUUAUUAUAAUAAUUAAUGUGCUUUUAUCUCUUAAAUUCAUGUAUAAAUUUUAUUAUUAUCUAAUACACUAAAUUCUUAUUAAAUAAUUACUUUAAUGUAUCUGGCCCUUUCAUACUAACGUUUUAUUGGCCCUCGGGUUGUACCACACUAUUUUAGGGGAUGGAUCAUCUGUUAAUUUCAGAUGAUUGACUAGAGAAUACAAGAUUUCUCCCUCGGUAAAGAAUACAAGUAGGCAGUUUUGGAAAUAAGUCUACACAGUUGGUGAAGGGGGGUGAAUAUUUCUAUUGCCAGUUUUAGACACAAAACACUUACCUUUGGAAUGAAAAUACCCACUGGUUCUACAGGGCCUGAGGGUCCCAUGGGCCUGAUAAUGCAUGAAAAAGGGUCUUCAAGAUAUGUUAGUACUUUACUUAUAAUUACGAAUUUCUCAGAAAAAAAUGUCUAAAAUUAAAAAAGGAAAUGUGCAGUAUUCUUUUUCUUUCACAUUUUAAAUCCAUAAAAAUAUUUUGAAUUAAAAAACAUUAAAAGAAUUAAUACUGUUAUAAGUAUGAAGUGAGGUUAAAUUUUAACAAACCAUUCACUGUACCCCAUGCUAAUAUUUUAUGUUUGAAUGUUUCUAUUGUAAAUAAAUUUAUUGAUUAUGUUA